GCCAGAUCUCCAUUAUGGGAGAUCUUCAGAGAGUUCUUAGCAAAGGAGAAUAUGCCCCCUUCACAUCCGCUCCCAUGUUUGAGAGCAACUUUGUCCAGGUUAAUAGGAGAGGUGAACCAAUUUAUGUUCAUAACCGCCCCAACUGUGUGACUGUAGGCAUCUGUGCAUCCAGCCCCAGUCUAUCACUGCCCAAUGUGAUGCUGCUAGCACACAGAGUGCCUACAUCUUCCCAGGAAGCUGUGUCAAAGCCCUGGAAGGCCUCAAAGCAGCCAUCCUCCAUGGAGCAGCUAGUACUCAGCAGGUUCUUCCCCUUGAAGUUUGUGGAGAUCACCGUUCACAAUGCUGAGAAGCGUCGCCUCAAGCUGAAGCUGGCAAGUGGCCGCUCCUUCUACCUGGAGCUCUGUGCCCCACCAGACAAGCAGUGCCUCCUCUUCCGUCAGUGGCUGCAGCUCAUUUCUCUCUUGAAACGUCCCCAAGACCACUACAACAAUACUCAAGUCAAUGUAGUGUAUGAGAAUUUUAAUGGGCAGCAAGUUGAGAGAAUGCAAGGCACAAGGAACCAGUCAGACAGAGACACCCAGCUAGAGACUCUGAAUUCUAUUGAUAUCCCAGAAUCAGAGAAGGAGGAAGUUGCUAAGCGAGCAUCCUCCAAGCGAGUCACCAUCUCUGGCAUAGUGGGUCCUAUUGAAGAGUGUGGCAGCAGCAAGAGAGGGCUGGCAGUUGCCUCACGCAGCUCCAUAAUAAAAGAGACCAAAAGAGAUCCCAGCAUGCAGUCAGAGAAACAACAAAGAAAAGAUCACCUGAAGGUAAAGAAGAGCAAGAGCACAGAGAGGAAGAAAUCCAGGGAAAAUGUAGCAGAGUAUAAAACAGAAAACAAUUUGCAGGCUUCAGGAAAUCAAAAGAGUGGCAGUAAAUCCGGAGUAAUCUGUUGCAAGUAGUCAAAGGGGCUUAUCAACAAGAAAGAAUUGAAAAAAACAAAGCAAAGCAGUCUGAAGAUGCGAUACAACUGGAGCAGGAAAGAGAGAGAAGAAAAAUUACCCUAGA